AUGACAUCUGAACAGAACAGGCGGUUUCUAUUUACUUCCGAAUCCGUUGGAAGGGGACACCCAGACAAAAUAUGCGAUCAAAUAAGCGACUCUAUUGUGGACGCGUGCUUAGAACAGGAUAGAUUCUCCCGUGUGGCAGUCGACGCAGUUAUCAAGUCCGGGCUGGUCAUGCUUGUGGGAGAGCUCACAACAAAGGCCGCCGUGGACUUUGAAGAAGUCACGCGAAAGGUGCUUCGAGAGGCAGGAUACACGCACGAGUGGGGCCUGGACCCGGAGGCGUGCACGAUUCUUUCGCACAUAACAAAGCAAAGCAUGGACAUUUCAGACGGGCUCGAGCAGGAGAACCAAGACCCGUGGGACCUGGGCGCAGGCGACCAGGGAAUCAUGUUCGGGUAUGCCACGGACGAAACCCCCGAAAGAAUGCCGCAAACAGCCGCUUUAGCACACAAGCUUGGGCAGGGGCUGGAGGCUCUUAGGCGCACCACGCACUGGCUCGGCCCAGACAGCAAGACGCAGGUGACAAUGGAGUACGAGGAAAGCGUGCAGAAUGGCGUUUGCACGCUCACCCCGAUUCGGGUCGACACAAUUGUGAUAUCCACCCAGCACAAGGCGGACGUUGAGACGGCGUACAUCCGGGAGUUUUUGAUCGAGAACUUAAUCAAAAAGGUCGUUGACAGCCGGCUGCUUUCCAGCACAAAGUACGUCCUGCAGCCGAGCGGAAAGUUCGUGGUGGGCGGGCCCAAGGCGGACUCCGGGCUAACGGGCAGGAAGCUCGUCGUGGACUCGUACGGCGGAUGGGGAGCGCACGGAGGAGGCGCGUACUCUGGGAAAGACUGGAGCAAGGUCGACCGAACAGGCGCAUACGCAGCCCGGUGGAUUGCAAAGUCGCUUGUUGACUCGGGGCUGUGCAAGAGAGCGCUUGUGCAGAUCUCCUACGCAAUUGGCGUGCGAGACCCGAUCUCGCUCUACAUUGACGUGUACGGGUCUUCAAGAUACACAAACCAGCAGAUACUGCAGCUUGUGCAGAAGAACUGGAACCUGCGGCUGGGAGAGAUCGUGAAGGCUCUCCAGCUCGACAGGCCCAUAUACAAGGAGACUGCCGUUUUCGGGCACUUUGGGAGAAGCCAGUUCCCCUGGGAGAGCUCAAAGGCCCUGGAGGGCCUGGAGGCAGCUGGAAAGGAAAACGGAGUUUUCGCGCAGAACAGCCAGAGCCCAAAGUAA